AUUUGUACGGAAUCUGUUAGCAGACUUUACAGUUGACAUCAACACCACUCGAGUGUCUGUGAUCACUUUCUCCUCCCCGCAUAAGAUAUUUCGGCACAUAGAUUACCUCACUCACCCUGUCAGUGACAACCACAAGUGCAGACUGUUAAAUGAGGACAUCCAACAUGUGGAUUACACACCUGGAGGAACACAUACUCUGGGUGCCUUUCUGGAGGCUGAGAAAGUUCUAAAAUCAGCCAGACCUGAUGCUGCCAAAGCCAUUUUUCUUAUGACUGAUGGAUAUUCAAAUGGUGGUGAUCCAAGGCCAGUAGCCAGUAAGUUAAAGAGGCAAGGAGUGAAAAUUUUCACAUUUGGAAUUCGAGAUGGCUUUGUGUGGGAGCUGGAAGACAUGGCAUCUGAACCCAAGAAUGAAACAUGCUACAUUCUGGAUAGCUUUGAGGAGUUUGAAGCUUUGGCAAAGAGGGCACUUCAUACUGACUUACAGAGUGGAUCCUAUGUUGAGCAGAGUUCAGCCAAAUGUAAUGAGCUGUGCACCAAGGAGAGCUUAUGCUGUCAUGAGAAUGCAAUUUGUUCCUGUGGCACAUACACUGGGAAAUACGAGUGCCUCUGUAAGCCAGGGUAUUAUGGAACUGGUCGAGGAAAAACUGGGUGCAAGCCUUGUCAUCCUGGCACAUACAAGAACUUCACUGGCCUCGGAGAUUCAAAUAUUUGCGCAUCAUGUCCAGAUGAACAUCAGACUACCCCAGCUGCUGCAAUAUCUGUUCAACAGUGUGUCUGCAAGAGAGGCUACCGUAGCUUUGGCAAUAAGGAGUGUACAGUGUUCCGGUGUCCAGAGUUGUCCCCACCCAAGCAUGGCUACUUUGUCAACAAUGUCUGCAACAAUGUAUUUAAUGCUGCCUGUGGGCUACGGUGCCAGCAUGGGUAUGAACUUCGUGGCAGCAGCCUGCGCAUUUGUCAGGAUGAUGGCACUUGGUCAGGCCAGGAUGCCGAGUGUAUCAUGAAAACCUGUCCAUCUCUGCCUGUGCCAAAGAAUGGUCACAUGAUAUGUUCAAGUGAUGAUUUCUCAUAUUCUUCUGUGUGCCGUUUCACUUGCAAUGCUGGAUAUCAGCUUGUGGGUUCCAGGAAAAGGAACUGUUUGGCUAUAGCUUAUUGGACAGGAAUUGCAACCCGUUGUAGGGAGAUCACAUGCCCACCAUUGGUUGAUAUAAAGGAUGGGACAAUCACACCUGCCUCAUGUACUACAAGAGAGGUUGUGUUUGGCAGCACUUGCCAGAUCUCUUGUUCCUCUGGCUACGUGUUGAAAGGUCCACAUACAAAGCAGUGUACGCCUGAUGGCACUUGGAUGUCUGCUGGAGAGGGCAUCAAUCAGUGUGUAGAUGAAACACCACCAGUCUUAGACUGUCCUCGGAAUGUGGAGGUAGUAGCCGAUGAGUUCACAGAUAUGACAGAAGUGAUUUGGACUGCUCCUGUGCCAGUUGACAACUCUGGGUUCCGACCUGUGCUGACCUCUGAGCCGGCUGUAACACCAGGGUCAAGGUUCCCUAUCGGAACAACCUAUGUCACAUACAAAGCCGAAGACUUGAGUCAGAAUGUUGCUAAAUGCAGGUUUUUUAUUCGUGUCAUCGAUAAGACUCCACCAACAGUUGAUAAGUGUGUCUCUCCGUCGCCAAUAAUAUCCAAGAGAGAACACACCAAAGUGGUGCUGGAACCUCCACUCUUCUCAGACAACUCUGGCAAGCCUGUAGAGGUGGUUUCCUCACACUUGUCCGAGGAGUUAUUUCCCUGGGGGACCACAGCCAUAGUGUACAGAGCGUUUGAUGCCUCAAACAACAACAGUACAUGCACUAUUGAGGUGGUGGUUGUUCCUCAUCUGUGUGUCAUCCCACAAUCUCCAGCCAAUGGUAAUGUGUCCUGUGUGGAGAGUGAUGUCGGAAUUUUGUGCCACAUUCAUUGCAACGAUGGCUUUGCUUUUGCUUUACCCUCAUCGGAUGAGUAUUUCUGUGACUAUGAAGAAGGUCGUUGGAUGCCAGAAAGUAUGUUUCCAUUCCCUGACUGUGCUGUGGUUCAGAUCUCCAAUGACAUCAUCCAGCCUGCCACUAUCACCCUCACUGGGGACAAUCUUUGCAAGGACAAGCUGCUUCUCCAGCGCAUACAACAUGAUUUGGAGGGAAGAGUGGAAGAUAAAUUAUCCAGUGUUUGUGAAAAUGACCUCAGUUGUUCCAUUGGCUCUUUGACAUCUGUAUGUGAGGAGGAUGAAGAUUAUAACAAAAUUCCACUAGUGCUGGAUAAUAAGAGAAAGCGAAGAUCCCUUCAGCAGUACUCACAUGGUACCAGAGAAACAAGACAUCAACAGCCCAAAAAAUCGAGGCUUACAUUUGGGUUUAAGUUGGAAGGAUCGGUAAAGAAACCCAAGCACACUGACGUUGGGAAGUCCCCUCAAUUAUCUGAAUCUCUAGUUAAAAUGCUGGCUUCCCUUCAGAAAGAAGCAGGACUUGGCAAACUAGACCUCAGUAUAGGAGAUCAAACACUGACAUUUUCUGAGAUGUAUUAUGAUGCUGAACUACAGACCUACCAAUGCCACAAUGGAAGUGUGCUAGUAAAUGGAACAUGUGUGAACUGCCCAGUUGGAACAUACUACAAUGAUAUUAGCAGACUGUGUGAAGACUGCCCGAAAGGAAUGUAUCAGCAUAAAGAAGGGCAAAACACAUGUAUGAAGUGUCCAGGAGUGAAAUCUACAGUCAAAUCUCAUGCCAGAAGUGAAACUGAAUGUUUAGGUUUAUGUUUACCUGGCACAUUUUCCUCAAAUGGGUUGGAGCCAUGUGAGACUUGCCACCUAGGAUUUUAUCAACCUGAUCAUGCUACUCAGUACUGCCAUCCCUGCAGUCAUGGACAAACCACUCAUAGAAGAGGGGCACACAGAGAAGAAGAUUGCACAGACAUUUGUCCUCCUGGCUUGGUAAGCUCAACAGGUUUGGCGCCCUGUUUUCCAUGCCCACACAACAGUUUCCAGCCCAAGUUUGGUCAGACAGAGUGUUUUCGCUGCCCUGAGGACAGCAACACCACAAAUGUUGGCGAGACCUCACUUGAUGCCUGCAUCUUCACGGACAUGCAAUCAGACGCGGGAGUCAAGAAAGGUGGCGGUGGACAGCAGAGGUUUGCUUUUCACAUUUGCUUAACAGACAUUUGCCAAAAUGGAGGGACAUGUGAACCAUUGACUGGAGCUUCUUCAUUUAGAUGUGUCUGUCCCAAAAGUUUUACAGGGACAAGGUGUGAAAAUGCUCUUGACUUCUGUGAAGCAAAACCCUGUCACAAUGGAGGGAUUUGCUUACCAACGCCAGGAGGUUUUCAGUGUGACUGCAUGAAAGGAUUUACAGGCACCAACUGUGAGAUCAACAUAGAUGAAUGUGCCAGUCUUCCAUGUGCAAACAAAGGAACCUGUGUAGAUGGCAUCAACUCAUUCACUUGUAACUGCCCGGUAGGAUACACAGGUCGUACAUGCAGUGCUACUAUAAAUGAUUGUGCUGACGCACCAUGCCGCAAUGGGGGAACCUGUGUUAAUGCACCACCUAGCUUCAAAUGUCAGUGUGUUGUUGGUUACACUGGAGAAACUUGUGAGCUUGACAUUGAUGAGUGUAUGUCUGCACCAUGUCAGAAUGGUGGAAACUGUAAGGAUUUGGUGGGGAUUUACAGCUGUGAGUGCAAGGGAGGGUUUACAGGAAAGAACUGUGAGGCAGAAAUUAACGAAUGUGCUGACAGCCCCUGUCAGAAUGGGGCAGUGUGUGAAGACCUGUUGGAUGACUACACAUGUAAAUGUGCUGCUGGCUACACUGGCAAGAAGUGUGAAAAGGCUCUGACCUCUCAGUACCAACUGGACUUUGCUGACCCAAGUAUCAUGGACUAUGCACAAUUAAAUAUAGAAGCCCCUAUGACCUCCGUGACUGUGUCCUUCUGGCUUCGAACCACAGACAGAGAGCAUCAAGGCACACCAUUCUCAUAUGCUGUACAUGGGGAACCAAAUGCUUUUACAAUUACAGAUUAUAAUAAUUUGAAUUUAAUCAUCAAUGGAGAAGAAGUGUCCAUUGCCCUGUCUCUGAAUGAUGGUCAGUGGCAUCAUGUGGUUUUGACCUGGUCUAGCUUGAGGGGUGACUGGAAAAUUUAUGUUGAUGGUGUACUCAAAGAUCAGGGCUAUAAUCUGUCCACAGCCAAACCUAUACCAGGGAAGGGUAUUUUCAUAGUUGGACAAGAACAAGAUACUUUUGGUGGUGGGUUUAGUUCCCGUGAAACAUUCUUUGGAACUCUGACACAGCUGAAUGUCUGGGAUCAGGAACUGACUCUACAGGAUGUGGAUAAAAUGAGGUUUAGCUGCGAGGACUUCAAUGGCAAUGUGAUUUCUUGGCCCAGUGUCCAGGCAGCUAUCAAGGGAAAUUUAGGAAGUAGCUCAUCAUCCUUCUGCACAGGUAGCCUGAUGCAGACCCAGCACAAUUCAGUCACAUGCCAAAGAGAUGGAUCCUGGGACCGAAGUGUUCCAUCUUGUGAUCCACAAAAGUGUGGUCCUCCUCCAGAAAUUCCAAAUGGAGAACCCUGGACUUCCAAUGCAGAGUACAAUGUAGGGGAAGCAGUCAGAUAUCAGUGUGACUUUGGAUAUGAGUUCAAUCCUGAUGUGCCAGGUGCUAACCGAGCUGUAGCAUGUCUACCAUCAGGAGAGUGGGAAACAGAGUUGCCUAUUUGUAUCCCCAUUAAAUGUCCAGAUCCACCUAUUGUGCCCAAUGCUGUUGCCAGUGGGCAGGACCGAACAUUCCUCUCUGUUGUGAACUACACAUGCAAUCCAGGAUAUGAACCUGUGGGUAAAAGUGUGAUCAAAUGUGAAGAAAAGAAAGACUGGAGCAGCCUGACUUUCAAGUGUGUUCCUCUAGACUGUGGACAGCCACCCGCAUUACGCCAUGGCUCAAUUACUGGGGAUAUCUACAAAUACAAUUAUAUAAUAGACUAUCAGUGCACAACUGGCUAUGUUCUUGUCGGAGAGGAAUCUAGGCGGUGUGAAGAAAGUGGGAAGUGGAGUGGUUCCAACCCAGUAUGCCAGCCUGUUUCUUGUGGGGAUGUCCCUAGCAUCACUAAUGGGCAGGUUACUUCAACAACUACAACUUACUUAAGUGCAGUCCAGUAUCUUUGUGACCCAGGCUUUGUCAUACAGGGGUCAUCAGAAAUAAUAUGUGAUGCAUCAGGACUGUGGGUACCAGAGGCACCAACUUGUGAGCCUCGCGCUUGCCAGCAGCCAGUGGAUAUUGACUUUGGUUCGUUCUCAUCCUCUGGGCGGUUUGUAUACAACACAACUUUGGAGUACUCCUGCAAUAUUGGCUACCUGCUUCAAGGGGAAAGCAAGAUGACAUGUCAGAAAGAUGGAACUUGGUCAGCACCAACCCCCACUUGUCAGCAAAUACAAUGUCCUCUGUUGGAUAAUCCUAUCAAUGGAAGAGUUUCAGUCAUUGGACGAACCUUCUCCAGUAUUGCUGGCUACACCUGUAACAAAGGCUUCAGACUGGUUGGAGUUGAUGCCCGCACUUGUCAAGCUGAUGGUACUUGGAGCAGUGAAGCCCCGAAGUGUCAGAGCAUCAACUGUCUAGAACCUGAUCAUCCCACAAAUGGAAGAGUUGACUACAAAGACUUGUCUAUUGGAUCUAUUGUCAGGUACUACUGCAACCGGGGAUACCUGCUUGAAGGGGACACUAUCAGAAGGUGCCAGGAUAACUUGACUCUCAGUGGGGAACCUCCGAGCUGCAGACCUGUCAACUGUGGAAGUCCUGGAGACCUAAACAAUGGCAUUGUCUCAUUCUCUGACAAAGGAACAGUUUUCGAGGCUGUGGCUACUGCUGUUUGCAAUGAAGGUUAUACUUUAAAAGGUGCUGCCACAAGGAACUGUGGAUCUGAUGGAAAGUGGUCUGGUCAAAAGCCAGAAUGCAUUCGUGUGGAAUGUUCCAAAGUUACAAAUUUCAUUUCAAAUGGACGAACAAAUUCAACAGAUUCAUUUUCUGGAGCAACAGUUUUGUAUUCUUGUGAUACUGGCUACAUAAUGGAAGGCUCACCUAUCAGAAGGUGUAAACCUGAUGGCAAUUGGGAUGAACCGAUUCCUUCUUGUGUUGCAGUUGAAUGUCCAAUACCAAGAAUAAUUAAUGGACAUGUGUCCAGUUUUCAAAGAAGUUUUGGAACUGUUAUAAAGUUUACCUGCAAACAAAACCAUCGCCUGAAGGGCCCAUCAGAGAGAACGUGCCAAGAGAAUGGUCAGUGGAGCGGAGACACACCAGAGUGUGUGAAAAUCAAAUGUGAGCCGCCUGCUGAAGUUCCUAAUACUAAGACAACAGUGUUGAAUGACACAGCUAUCAAGUAUGAGUGUUUGGUUGGAUAUAACCUGGUUGGAGAAUCUGUGCGUGUUUGUGGAGAAAAUGAAGUUUGGUUUCCAGAAGCACCUGUAUGUGAGACUGUCACUUGUGAAGAUCUUUCUUCAGUCACUAUAGCCAAUGGGACAAUUGUUUAUACUUCAAAUAAACAUAAAGAGUUUGUGUCAUAUACUUGCAACACUGGAUACACCCUCAAGGGUGAGGAGAGAAGACAGUGUCUGGCUAAUGGGCAAUGGGAUGGUAGUGAACCAACAUGUGAAAUAGUGUCUUGUGGUCAUCCAGGAAUUCUCUUUAAUGGUCACGUACAGCAAGCAGACUAUACAUUUAAUUCUACUGUGGAAUUCUCCUGUGAUGAAGGAUACAGGCUUGUUGGAGUCAACAGCCUUUUCUGCACAAGUGAUGGUCUUUGGGAAGGAGGAGAAUUCCCCUCUUGUGAAAGAAUCUUCUGCCCAGAACUGUCCCCAACAAUUACAGAAGGAAGUGUAUCAGUGCCUGUGCUAACUGUAGGCGGCAUCGCAGAAUAUAAAUGCAAUAGUGGCUUUCUUCUAAUUGGUAAUGCCUCAAGAGAAUGUCUCAACACUGGACAAUGGUCAGGAAAAGAGCCCUUUUGUGCCAAUGUUUUCUGUACUCCUCCACCAGCAGUAGCUAAUGCUAUCAUGGAAGGGGACAAAUUUGGUACUGGCGAUGCCAUUUUCUAUACAUGUGGUGAAGGUUAUCACCUUUAUGGAGAUUUUACUCGUGUCUGCCAGCCAGAUGGAUCAUGGUCUAACGAAGCUCCAGAAUGCCUCCCUGUUAACUGUCCAGAGCCUGAUGGGAUAGACUAUGGCUGGUUUUUAGGAGAGUCAGGUGUGUACACCGCUAGAAUCACAUAUGAAUGUGAAGAAGGGUAUGAGCUCGUAGGUUCUCAUGAACGUUUCUGCCAGGCCAAUGCCACAUGGUCAGGGAGUGAUCCAGAGUGUAGAAGGGUCUCCUGUGGUACUCCACCAGCCAUUGCUAAUGCUGUCAUGGAUCAGACGGAAAAUCUUCUCUUUACAGAUGCAGUUUCAUACUCUUGCUUGGAAGGCUACACAGAGCUAGGCCUUGACACAACCACAUGCUUGUCAAAUAGGUCUUGGUCAUUUAUUGACUACACUUGUACAAUCAUUUCUUGUCCUUCCUUGUCACCAGAUGAAAUUCCUCAUGGCACAGUUAAUGUCACCAGCUUCACCUAUGGAAGUGAUGCAUCAUUCUACUGCGAUGAAGGCUAUUUGUUAUCUGGAAGCUCUCAGACAUUUUGUACUGCACAAGGAAUCUGGAGUGAAAGUCUGCCAAUUUGCCAAAUAGUCCAGUGCCCGGAACUGACUGCUUUAACACAUGGACAAAUAUUGUCUGUUUCUACUACUUUUGGUAGCACUGCAUCAUUUGUCUGUAACAUCGGUUACAGACUAACUGGGGCAGAGGUUAUAGAAUGCUUGAGCACUGGACAGUGGAAUGAAUCUCAGCCAGUGUGUCAGAUUGUAUCUUGUUUUGCUCCACCAUUAUCUAUUCCUAAUGGUCAGCUUGUCAGUCCCAAGCCUGACUAUGUCUACACAGAUAUCGUGUCCUAUAGCUGUGACUUUGGCUAUGAGCUGAAUGGGCCAAAUUCGCUGACCUGUUUAGAGACUGGAUAUUUUGACCUGCCUCCUCCAGACUGUCUCAGAACACCAUGCCCACCUCCAGACACACUUGGCAAUAGCACCUUUACAUUACUGGGUAAUGACACAGUGUAUUAUGAAUGUGGGGAAGGAUUUGAACUUGUGGGAAAGUCAACUCUGGAAUGUUUGCUUGGAGGAACAUGGGAUGGAUUGGUCCCAUCAUGUGUGCCACUGCCAUGCCCUGAACCUGAUCCUAUUGCACAUGGUUGGAUUGAGAGCACUGAGUUUGUUUAUGGACAUACCAUUACCUACUUUUGUGAUCCUGGUUUCUACCUGGAGAAUUCCUCAGUUCGUGUCUGCAUGGCCAACCAGACCUGGAGCGGUACAGAACCCAGAUGUUCUCCAGUCAGCUGUGGACAGCCUCCUGAGGCAUUUCCCAAUGGUGUUAUUACAGGUGAAUAUCUUUUUGGGGGAAAAGCUGAGUAUAAAUGCCUACCAGGCUUCGAGCUCUCUGGGGAAAGUACAAGACAGUGCCAGGCUGAUGGGACAUGGAGCAGCACAACACCAUCAUGUCUGCGGCUUGCUUGCCCAGCUCCAGGUCAGCUGGUACAUGGGAGUAUCUUGGGAACCUCCUUUCUGUUUGAGGAUUCUGUUACAUAUACUUGUGAAGAAGGUUAUGUGCUGAAAGGAGAUUCUGUGAGAACAUGUGAGGCUUCACUGACUUGGAGUGGCUCAGAUCCUGUCUGCGAAAGAAUUUCAUGUGGUGUACCAACUGCUCCUGCAAAUGGGGCUCUUUUGGGUGACUCAUAUCUAUUUGAUGAUCAGAUUAAUGUAACCUGUAAUAUUGGAUACCGCCUUGUGGGAUCCGAACACAAAAUAUGUGAGGCUAGUGGGGUGUGGUCAGGAGCUGACAGUGCCUGUGAGCAGUUAUUCUGUUCAGAACCUCCUGUCAUCCUGGGCACCACAAGUAACGCCACAGUUGGAUUAGAUUUAUACCAGGUGUAUUCUGUCAUUGCUUAUCAAUGUGGUAAAGGGCAUGUCAUGAAUGGAACUGGCUUAAAGACAUGUGAGCCAUCUGCAGUGUGGUCUGACAACUAUCUAGAAUGUUUUCCUGUAACCUGUCUAACAGUGGAAAGUAUUCAGAAUGGUCUGGUCAUAGGUGAAGCAUACACAUAUUUAUCUACUGUAGAAUUUGUGUGUAAUGAAGGAUUUGAAUUAGUUGGCAACUCAAGUGCCCAGUGCAAUGAAAAUGGAAGCUGGAAUUCUGAAAUUCCUUACUGCUCUAUUGUCACAUGCCCUACCUUAUCCAUAGAGAAUGGAUAUUUUGUAAUGAAUUCAAAUGAGACAUCAAACAUCAAUAUAACAAGGGAUGUAGGGAAAUACAUAUAUGGAGAUGUAAUUACUUUUUCAUGUGAUACUGGAUAUGACAUUUCUGGUGUUUUGAAAAGCCAGUGUCAGCUAAAUGGGGUGUGGUCAGUGACUGAUACAACAUGCACACCUGUUCAAUGCUCUGAACCAACUGGAAUAGAUCAUGCUGUAUUUGGAAAGUCAGCUUUGACAUACAGAAGCACACUGGAAGUAUCCUGUAUUGCUGGUUAUGAUUUGAUUGGGGAAUCUGAACUGACAUGUGGAGCUGAGGGACUCUGGGAAGAGGCUUUCCCCAAGUGUGUUCUCUUGGUUUGUGGUUCUCCCCCAUCUGUGCCCAAUGCUGUCAUUGAGGGGGACAGUUUUAAGCAAGGUGACACCAUUACUUAUAAGUGUAAAAGUGGGUAUGAACUAAUUGGUAACAGUUUGCUGACAUGUGGCACUGCCAAUGCCUGGUUGGGCUCAUCUCCCAGCUGUGUGGAAAUUGACUGUGGCCCUCCUCCAGUAUUGCCAGAAUCGACAGUGACUGUGGGCAAGACAACAUUCAGGAGUGCCGCACAGCUGGUAUGUAAUACAGGGUAUAUUCUAAAAGGAAAUGCUACCAUGGUUUGUAGUUCAAACCGAUCUUGGAAGUAUGAUGCUGGUUUAUUGUGUGCUCCAGUGGACUGUGGUAAGCCACCAUCACUGCCACACAGUGUUUACACAGUUAAUACCACAAUACUAGGCAGUGUGGUUGAGUACAUGUGUGAGAAGGGACACUUCAUGGAAGGACAGAGCUCUCUAUUUUGUCAUGAGGAUGGAUCUUGGGUCUAUGAAUAUCCUGUGUGUUCUGCAGUGGAUUGUCUUGAACCACCAGCUGUCGACCACACUACACGCAUCUCUAAUGGAACUGUAUAUAACAGCGUUGUAAACUAUACAUGCUUUGAAGGCUACAGUCAUGUUUAUGCAAACAGAACGUCUCUAGUGUGUGGAGACAUGGCCUCAUGGCUAGGAGAACUGCCAGUGUGUGAAGUUGUGGACUGUGGAACCCCAUCAGAUUUCCCACAUGCCUUCUACUUGCUGGACAACAACAGAACAGAUUAUUUCUCCUAUGCUAUAUACCACUGUGACACUGGAUAUAAGACUGAGGAAACUAACCUACAUUUUACAUGUGGCUCAGCAGGCCAGUGGGAAGGCAAUGCUUUCAAAUGUGAACCAGUAGAGUGCUCAGAUGUUCCUUCUAUUUUGUAUGCAGACAAUGUAAUCAUGAAUGAAACAACAUUUGGAGCACAAGCUUAUUUUUCAUGCUCAAGUGGUUUUGUUAACACUGGACCAGAUUACAUAGUUUGCACUGAGACAGGUCAAUGGUCUGUUGACCAGCAUGCUUGUUUGCCUGUAGAAUGCCAGGAACCACAGGAUCCAGAAUUUGGCAUUGUGGAAUACAACUCGACAACUUAUACAUCAUCGGCUACAUUUUCCUGCUUACCUGGUUAUUCACUGGCGGGUAAUACAACGGCUGAAUGCCUGGCCACAGGUGUGUGGUCAGCAGUGGCACCAAUAUGUCUCAUUGUCGACUGUUUACCUCCACCUGAAAUUGAACAUGGCAAUGUCUCAUUUUCACUGACAACUUACCAAAGCAGUGCUGAUUACUCUUGUAGUCCAGGGUAUAAACUCAGCAACUCUAGCACACUGAUUUGUGUGGCUAAUGCAUCAUGGUAUGGAGAAAUGCCUUUGUGUACACCAGUAGCUUGUCCGGAGCUGCAGCUUCAACUACAUGGCAAAGUCAUUUACUCUACCUUGACAUACCAAUCUACAGUGACCUUCAGUUGUGAACAAGGGUUCAGGCUUGUUGGUGAAACUAAUCUCACUUGUCUGGAAAAUGGCACAUGGUCUAACCAGCCACCACAGUGCCUCCCACAAGAUUGUUCACAGCCUUUAGAAAUCAAACAUGGAGAAGUUCUUAUUUCUGGUACCACCUUUGGUUCCUCAGCAACUUACAAAUGUAAUGAAGGAUUUGUAAUGGAAGGCUCUAAUACAGUAUUCUGUGAUGCAGAUGGUGCUUGGAACAGUUCAGCACCAAUCUGUAAAAUUGUAGACUGCAAACCACCACCAAAGAUUACACAAGGUAUUAUCUUAUUUACUUCCACCACUUAUCUGUCAGUUGCUACUUAUCAGUGUAACAAAGGUUACCGGCUUGCAGGAGCUGCAGCAAUCACUUGCGGUGCCAGUGGAGAUUGGGAAGCUGAAGGCAAGCCCCACUGUGAACUUGUUGCCUGUCCUGAACCACCACACAUACCCAAUGGUUUGGUCUCCUUCCUGGAACUGAAGUAUGGCUCAGCUGCAUACUAUACUUGUAACACUGGGUAUUCCUUAAAUGGCUCUUUUGUAAUUCACUGUGGUAGCAAUGGAACAUGGGAUAAAAGUCCACCAGUGUGCACUGAGCCCACUUGCCCAACCUUACAGAACAUCUCAAAUGGAUUUGUAAAGAUCAGUGGAUCUCGUGUAGGAGCUGAUGCAAACUAUUCAUGCUCUACAGGAUUCUAUGUUGAAGGAGAGAACAGGCUUGUAUGUCUCAAGAAUCAGUCAUGGUCCUCAGAACCACCUGCUUGUAAACGGGUCAACUGUGCAGCCCCUCCUGUGAUUGCCAAUGCCAUAAUUAUUGCAGACUCUGGCAGAAACGUGUCGUCAAAAGUCACAUACACCUGUGUGAAAGGAUAUCAGAUGGUCAAUGACCAAGAUAAUGAAAUCGCCAUCACCUGCGCGGAUGAUGGGGAUUGGUUUGGCAAAAUACCUUCCUGUGAGAUUGUUGUCUGCUACGAUCAGCCUCCAGUGAUUUUUCACAGCACAUUUGUCACCAAUGGCGACACUUACACAUCUGAAGCCAUAUACACAUGUGACCCAGGCUACACUAUGUCAGGCAACCAUAUCAUUAAGUGUGAUCAUACUGGACAGUGGUCAACUGAUCAUUCCCCCUUGUGUGUUCCAAUACCAUGUGGUCUGCCACCCACAUUUGACCACUCCUCUUAUGAGGGUUCAGAUUUUACCUACAGUCAGUCAGUCAGCUACACUUGUGACCCAGGCCAUGACCUGAUUGGUAACUCAGUCAGUAUCUGUGACAUCACUGGCAGAUGGUCUCCUGUUGCAUUUACCUGUCAAGUUCGGCACUGCAGCUCAGUGAUCCCAGUUCCACAGAAUGGAGAGAUAGUCAAGGGGACUAAUGUUGGGACUUACAUUGUGGGAUCAGCAGUUGAGUUUUCCUGCCACCAAGGGUUCACACUGGUUGGUUCCAGAAAACUGAUCUGCUCUGAAAGUGGUGAGUGGGACUCUAGCCCACCUCAAUGUCUAUAUAUCAUUGAUCUGUGUUCUGAGAAACUUGAGUUGGACAAUGUGUUGCCUCCACCACCGGGAAAAGUUGCAGGUGAUGAAAUCUUUAUUCAGUGCCAGAAAGGAUACAAGUCUGUUGGCAACAUGACAUCAGUGUGUCAGUCUGACAACUCUUGGUCGAUACCCCAAGGGAGAUGUGAAAGGGUGUACUGUGGUGAGCCAGAGGUGGACAACGUUCAGACAACCAAAGUCUUAGGUCGCAAUUACUAUUCUGGAGACAGUGUUAUGUUUAUGUGUCGCUACGGUUACCUACCUGCACAUGGUCAGCCUGUACUGACUUGCUUGGACACAGGAAAGUGGGAUAGAAAAGCAGAGUGUGUUG